AUAUAUAAGUGCUUCACUGCUAGCCUUAAAAAUCUAUCUUGCAUAUCUCCUCUAGGAAUAUCGGAACCAUACAAAAAAUAGUAUAUAUAUGGGACUACAAGUGCACUUUUUACCUUUUAAUCAUUUUUGACAGUAAAAUACUUAUUAUGUAAAUUUUUCAGUCGGAUUAUCUGAAGAACAUUAUUUUACAUCAUUUCAGACGUAAAUCAUUUACCAAAUAGACAAAAUCUGGUUAAUAUUCAAACUUUUAUAGAGUGGACAAAAUUGUAAUGUCCGUGACGCUCAAAAUGUAAUGUCCGUGAUGCCAGAUUUCUUUCUGUCAUUGUCAUUUGAAACACUUUUUAAUUCAAAUUUGUUUAAAAUAUGUUACAACAAUAUCCAAGCAUGCGUUAUAAAUUAAAAAUAUUUUAUUAAGAUGAUUAGACUCACAGAGUUUGUUAACUAUUUGUCGGCAUGUAAAAAGUUGUGUCCAAAAAAUGUAAUGUCCAUGACGCACAACAUUUUAUAUUAUAAACAAUAAAAAUAUAUAGAAAACUCUGUAAUAAACCAGUUAUUAUUCAAUUACGUAACAGAUAGAUUCAAAAACUCUGACAUUGUCUGUGUCAUAUUCAUCAUGUCUGACAUGUAUUCCCAGAUUUGCAUGAUGUUUUGCCAUUGUUUUUUUUUUCAUUCAUCUGCAUGAUCUAACUCUUGACAUCAAUUGUUUUCAUCUUUUAUUAUAACACGAAUACUACAACGUAACCAUUGAUUAUGAGGGAAUGCUUGGAUAUCCCCGAAUACAUACACCUCCAGAAAGUGACAACCUGGUGGGAAAAGUCCAUGAAAUGUUCAUGGAGAUGGAGAAGCAUCUGAGCGAAGACCCAGAGACCUUUGCUGAGCCAUUUCAGGCAAUGCUAAGGUCCUACAAAAGGCUGACCACUAAGAGUAACUUGGUGUCAGCUGUCAGAAUGUUUGGCAGAUACAGUGGUGUUAACCUUGCCAGGCGAAAGGUAAAACAGAAGUCCCAAACAACCGCAAUUCUACCAACAUCAGGGCAUAGCAUUAGGGUGCAGCCACUGGCGAUUGCCCGCAGGAAAUUGAAGAUUGGGGGGAGGAGACGAUUGACAGCAGGCCGCCCAACCAAACAGGCUGCAGUUGAUGAGCAUGGCUAUGCCAGAGGCAGUCAGUCUUCCCAGCUUCCCCGUAAAAGGCGUGCGGCUGCCCCUCAUUCUUUAAGUCAUGCUGUGACAAUGUGUCAGUCCCUGGGGAAAACGCACAGUGCCAAAUGAAUUAUCAUGGUUUAGGAAGAUAAACCCUGGGAUUUUUCCUUGUGAGAUUACUUAGAGCACAAAUUCUUAAUAUUACUGUAGAAUUUCACCUCAUGCUUAACAGUCUAGUAAUUAACACUUUUUGAGCAAUGAUUGUCUGCUACAGAUUGGAGGCAGCCAUAUUUGUGGUUCAGCUGUGCUGUGAUUACAUUUUGUCGUAGACGGCUGAAAUGUGAUGAAAAUAAAGGACAUGUCCAACAAAUCGUCAUCAUAGCACAGCUGAACCAAAAAUAUGAAUGCUCCUUUAGCAUUGUGAAGCAGAUGAUCAUUGCUCAAAGGGUGUGAAUUAGUUAAUAGCAUUCCAAAAAGUACAAUUUUAAAGUACAGGUAAUGCUGCCUAAGUCAAAUCUCUUGGAACCACAAAAAUCUCUAUGCCUUAGGAGAAAUUUGACUUAGAAGAGGUAAAUAACACAGGUUUUAUAUGGUUUGGUCCAAAAAAAUCGCAUCGACUUGGGCAGUUAUGCGAAGUUCGACUUAGGCGGAGUUGACUGUCAUAAAUAAUUUGUGCUCUAAACAAUCUUACUUCAUUUGGCCCAAAGCCCAAGGGUUACCUUCCCUUUGAUUGUAUCCUCAAACAUCAAAUGCUAUGUUUUGAUGUCAUGACACGUCUGCAGCAGAGAUUUUCUUGUGAGCGCUAUACAGGCUGGAGUCCUUGUCCAAUCAUAUUCUAAUUUGGUAUGAAGGUGAAGUGGAAGAAGCUUUUUUUCAUUUGGGUGUGGAAGGCAACCAUGAUCUAAAAGAAAAAUUUCAGAUCUUUUGUGAGCACUUUUCAGGCUGAGUUCUUUAUCAACUGCUUUCAGGUUUGCUAUGGAGGUGUAUAUAAAUAAAUACAUGUAGUACAAUAUAUAAUGUUCACUACUAAAAUAAGUGUCAAAGAGCUCCCAUUUCUGUAUUUCUGCAUCAGUUGUUUAAAACUUGGUCAGGAUAAUCCUUGGGUAAUACAUGUAUCACAUGAGUGUUGAUGAUAGGUCAAAAAGCUCUCAAUUCUCUAUUGCUGCAUCAUCUGUGUCCUAACAUUGUACAGGGAGCGCAGGUAAUAUUGAAGACAACAUUGAAGUCAAAGGUCAUCUAUUCUAUAGGUCAAAGGCAGAAGAAAUUUGGCUGUUUGUCUUUUAAAUGGGCGGAGACAUCAUGGUAGGAUGUUUUUUUUGUGUGGAAAUAGCCAUCAUUGUCUAUAAUGCAGUGGGUUGGGGGUACAUGUGCUCGGCGACAUGACCCACUGAUUGCAAUUUCGAUUCUGGUCAUUCCAUAGGUUUUGGUCAACUUUUGAUGUGAUGUCUUUGUAACAAAGGGAUCAGAAUUUUCAUUUCAUAAUGAUGAUCAAUUCAGAUUUGGUAGGCUUUGAGAUGCUACUGAAAUAUUGCCCUCUUUUUUCGGUAAUACACAUUUCAAUUUGAAGACUUUUAUACAAUUUGAAGCAACAGGGAGAGUAAAAUCUAUCUUGGUUACAUGGUCAUCAUAUUGUUUUUACAUUACGAGAAAUUAUCAGGUGUCAAGUCACACGUGCCAAGGUAUUUGAGAAAUACUACUAGGUGUGAAGCCAUUCUUUGCCGGAAAUAUUGUGUUUUGGAUUGUCAAUUCUUCUGUAUAUAUGUCUGUAGGUAGGCUUG